AUGCCAUCAACGCAUAACCGUGACAAACCAUGGGAUACUCCCGAUAUAGACAAGUGGAAGAUCGAACCAUUCAAACCUGAAGAUAACGCUUCAGGAUCACCAUUUCUUGAAGAAUCAUCAUUCAAGACGCUUUUCCCUAAAUAUAGGGAAGAGUAUUUAAAGCAGAUCUGGGGUGACGUGACAAAAGCGUUGACCAAUCACCAAAUUGGAUGUACUUUGGAUCUUGUUGAAGGUUCAAUGACAGUUAAAACUACAAGAAAGACAUACGACCCCGUUCAGAUUCUUAAUGCUCGAGAUCUCAUCAAACUACUUGCCAGAUCGGUUCCUUUCCCUCAGGCAGUGAAGAUAAUGCAAGAUGAUGUGGCCUGUGAGGUGGUGAAAAUAGACGGUUUGGUUUCAAAUAAGGAGAGGUUUAUAAAACGGCGUCAGCGUCUUAUUGGACCUAGUGGUAAUACUUUGAAGGCUUUGGAGCUGCUUACUGAUUGCUAUAUGUUGGUUCAAGGAAGCACUGUUUCUAUCAUGGGUCCUCAUCGGGGCUUGAAAGUGUUGCGAAGAGUUAUUAUCGACUGCAUGAAGAAUGUUCACCCUAUAUAUCACAUCAAAGAGCUCAUGAUUAAACGAGAACUAGCUAAAAGACCAGACCUUGCUAAUGAGGACUGGUCGCGUUUCCUUCCCCAGUUCAAAAAGAGAGCAGUUGCUCGUCGUAUACCGAAGCAGGUUAAAGAUGCUAAGAAGAAUGGUAAGAGCACGGAGAAGAAAGUGUACACACCAUUUCCACCUGCUCAAACACCUCGUAAGAUUGAUCUUGAGAUUGAAUCUGGUGAGUAUUUCUUGAACAACAACCAGAAGAAGCUCAAGAAGCUUCAGGAGGCAAAGGAGAAGCAGAGUGAGAUGAAAGAAAUCAAGCAGAAGGAGAAAGAGAAGGAUUAUGUUGCUCCUGAAGAGGAAUCCAGGGAGAAUCCAUUGCUUAAGCAACAUACGCAGAAAAAAUCUAAGAAGAGAGAUCAUGAGGUGGAUGAAGAUGGUGAGAGCGAUAAAAAGAAGAAGAAGCAUCAUCACCAUCAUCAUCACCAUCAUCAUCACCAUCAUCAUCACCAUGAUAAGAAGGAUGGUGAAAGCGAGAAUGCCGAUUAA